UCUCUCACACUUCGAAAACCCCUUUUGUCGCAGUCUUAUCUUACACUCGGAGAGGGAGAGAGUGGCCAAGGACUCAAAGAUGGUUCAGAGGCUCACAUAUCGCAAACGGCACAGCUAUGCCACCAAAUCCAACCAGCACAGGGUGGUCAAAACUCCUGGUGGGAGAUUGGUGUAUCAGACCACUAAGAAGAGAGCUAGCGGACCCAAAUGCCCCGUUACUGGAAAGAGAAUCCAAGGGAUUCCCCAUUUGAGACCUGCUGAAUACAAGAGGUCAAGAUUGCCAAGGAACCGUAGGACUGUGAAUCGUGCCUAUGGUGGUGUGCUCUCUGGUGGUGCUGUGAGGGAGAGGAUAAUCCGUGCCUUCUUGGUUGAAGAGCAAAAGAUUGUCAAAAAGGUUUUGAAGAUCCAGAAGGCCAAGGAAAAGCAAGUCUCAAAGAGCUGAAGUAACAAGUGCUAAUGCAGAAGCCUUUUCAAUUAUAACAUGCUUGUGAGAAAUUUUGACUUCGAUGAUGAUGAAGAAAUGUAGAAAGACUAUGUUCAGUUGCCUUCAUAUUUGAAACAAUGUUCCAGUAAAGUUUGUUCUGAAUUUUAGUAUCGUUUUGUUCAUCACUCUGUAGACAAGUUUAUUUCUAGGGUCUCGUUAUGGUAUUCUUGUGCUUUGAACUUGUCGACCUAUCAUUUUUUUUAUGAAUGGAAUGGAUGUUUAGUUUCGUAUAAUAA